AUGGCUCCCUCCGCCAUCACCCCCGAGACAUCUCCUGAGCGCAAAAUCUCGGUCAAGAAGCCUGCAGUUCAGAGUCGAUCUCAUAGCAGCUCUGUCUCAUCGGUCGCAUCUAUCAAGCUUAACGACGGCAACUCGAUCCCUCAGGUCGCCCUCGGCGUCUACAAGGCCCCCAACGGCCAAGAGACUGAGGAUGCCGUCACCGCUGCACUAGACGCUGGAUACCGUCACAUCGACUCCGCGGCCCGAUAUGCCAACGAGGAGGCUUGUGGUCGCGCUAUUCGACGCUGGCUGGAGAAGACUGGCACUUCUCGUGAAGAUAUCUUCAUUUGCUCCAAACUCUGGGAUUCCGAUCAUGGUUACGAGGCAACCUUUAAUGCCCUUUGCACCUCUUUGGAUAAGUUUGGCCUUGAUUAUCUCGACCUAUACCUGAUUCACUCCCCUGCCGAGGAUGAGGAGAAGCGCCUCGAGAGCUGGCGUGCGCUCGAGACUGCCCAGAGGCUCGGCAAGGUCAAGUCGAUUGGUGUUUCCAACUUCGGAGCUGCCCAUCUGCAAAAUCUCCUCGACAAGACAACCGUUGUCCCUGCUGUCAACCAGGUCGAGGUGCACCCGUUCUGCCAGCGUGAGGCACUGGUCGAGCUCUGCAACAAGCACGGCAUCAAAAUCGAGGCCUAUUCUCCUCUGGCCCGGGGGAACAAGCUGGAAGAUCCCACGAUUGGCGCCAUUGCCAAGAAGUACAACAAGACUCCAGCCCAGAUUUUGCUGAAUUGGAACGCUGCUCGAGGCAAUGUCGUUCUCCCCAAGAGUUUGACUGCCUCUCGCAUCCAGAGCAAUUUGAACAGCUUUGAUUUCAAGCUUUCACCUGAAGACGUCGAGACCAUCAAUGCCCUCGGCUCUGAGAACUACGUCACCGGCUCCAUGCACAAGUCCAAGGACUGA